AAUACCUUAAAAAAAAUUAAUGUUUCUUAGUUUUUAAUUAAUUCAAUAAAAAUGCAAGCAAUUCAAAUUAACGCAAGUAUUAUCUUGCUUUUAUCAAUUGGAUAUUUCGUAGGCGUCGAAAGCCAUGGAAUGAUGAUGCAACCUGUUAGUCGUGGUUCCCGAUGGAGGGUUGAUUCCUCAGCACCUAAGAACUACGACGACAAUGGAUUAUUCUGUGGUGGAUACGGCACACAAUGGUCAACUUACGGUGGAAAAUGUGGACUUUGUGGUGAUAGUUACGGUGAGCCAACUCCUAGGCCCCACGAAAAUGGUGGAACUUUCGGUGAAGGAGUUAUUGUUGAGCUUUACAAAGCUGGACAAAUUGCUGAAAUAAGUGUUAAAAUAACAACAAAUCACAAAGGAAAAUUCAUCUUUCAUCUGUGCAAUAUUGAUUCACAGCCAGAAUCGGAGGAGUGCUUCGACAAUGAACCUUUAGAGCUUAGCUCAGGAGGUUAUGAAUAUCAGGUGAAAUAUGGUACGGGCUACCAUAAUGCUUCUGUAAUUAUACCUUCAGAUGUAGCCUGUAGUCAUUGUGUGAUAAGGUGGACUUAUAUAACUGCUAACUCAUGGGGAAUAUGUGAAGAUGGAAGUGGUGCUCUUGGAUGUGGACCGCAAGAACAAUUCAAAAACUGUGCUGAUGUUGCUAUUUUGCCCUCGUCCUUGCCAAUUUAUAACGAAAUCCCAUAAUGUACAAUAGAUUAAAUAAUUAUAAUGAUUUAAAAAGAAAAGUAUAAUAAAAAAAGGGCAUUAUUUAAUUAAAACUUGAGUAUGGCCACAGUAUGAA